AUUAAAUUUUUUAUUAUUCGUAUGAUGGCAAUUAUGUCACAUUAAAAGGGUAAAUCUUUACCAACCUAAACUAACAAAUAUGGUUCCUACCAUGAAUAACAUGACUUGAUAAAAAUGAGUAAGAAUAAAGACAUUUCAUCUAAUUUAAUACAGUGAUAUUGCAAUAGUAUUGUGUGAACUUUAACAAAGAGUAGACCUGCGAAAUAGAUCAUCAAUAAUUUUCAAUUUGAAUUAAAAAGAAAUUCAUCCCAAAUAUGGAGGUUGACAACGAUCAAGAUUUGAAAGAUUCAAAUAUGAAUAAAAAUUGUAAUUCAAAUAAAAAUAAGAAAUAUCAAAUGGAAUAUGUUUAUAAUAAAUUACUACCUUAUUAUAAAGAAUUAGAAAAUGAAUCUGAAACGAUGUUGGCUGAUAUUAAAGGAAAUUUAGGACGAGCUGUUAUGUACCGUGAAAUAGAACCUGGAUGUUUAUUAUGGACGAAGAGAUUAAAUAAAUAUAUAAAGUUAUAUAGCUUCAAGUUCAGCAAAGAAGAUCAUAUAUAUUUUGUUAAAUUAUAUUACGAAUUAAUUACUAUACCAGAUAUCGAUCCGUAUCAAAUCAAAGAAUUUGCAAAUAUUUUAAUUCUAUUAUUAAAAAAGAUAAGAUUACUUUCUCCGGAUGAUUUGACACUUCCAUGGAGACCAUUAUACGAAUUAAAUAAAAAAGUAUUAUGCAGAGCAACGACAGCUUUAGGAAUGUACCAUUUUCAUCCACUUUUACCACGCUCGUUAUCUUCCUUGAUACGUUUAUGCAGAAUUUAUUUUCCAUUAAAUGCAACACAAGAAAUCUUAGAUGAAUUCAGGCCAAUGAUAUGUCCAUUCAAUGAUAACUUUAUGAAUAUCUUUAAAAAAAUUGAAUAUUUUUUACCAUUGAAUUUACCUCCGCAACAUCAUUCUCUUGGACAUCAAUUAUGGUUCCAUGAAUUUAUGAAUUUAUGGAACGUAUGUCGUAAUGGAGCUUCAUGGGAACCUGAAAUGAUGUGGUUAAUGGCUACAUUAGCAUCUCAAAAUAUUGGAUAUAUCGAUUGGGAACCAUACAUACCUCUCAUGUUUGCUAGAUUUGUACGCUGUUUCAAUUUACCAGUAUCGUAUAAACAAACGCAAGACAUGAAAACUCAUAAAAUGGAUACUUUAUCUAUAGCUAUAUGGAUAGUAUCCGUUUUGGGUAAUAAAUCUAGUGCACAAAUAUAUCUUGAAAAAUUUUUAAAAAGUAUAGAAACAUAUUUUCAACCUGCCAAUGUUGGUAAAUGGUCUGGAAAAUUGAGGGAAUUUCUUAUGAAAUUACCAUAUCGUUUUAUUUUACGUAUACACAAAGAGAGAUAUGCAAAACGAACAUGGGAAACACCAAUUCCUGACGAGUACAAAUUAACCGAUGAAGAUAUAGAUACUUUUGUUAAAAGCAUGAUGCCUUUAGCUAUGACAGCAAUGUUCACCAGAUUAAAUGCUUCAGAUCCUUGUUUAGCUUUACAGUAUCUUGCUAAUAUGAGACCUAAUUUAGUAAUACCACAGGUUGUUGAUAGAAUGUAUUCUACAUUAGAUUCUUUAACAGAACCUCAUAAACUCACUGCAGCUAUGGUUGGUAUGAUAUCCGUAGCUAAGCCUAUGGUACAAGGAUCUAGAAAUAUAAAUAAAGGAUACACAUAUGCGGAAGGUCCAAUGCACGUUGUACCCAUUUUAUUUUCACUUCUACCUGGUAUUGAUCCAAAUGAUAUUGGCAAAUGUGUCGUUACAUUACGUUUAAUUUUCAUUUACGCACUUUUAAUACCUUUCGUCGAUUCGUCAAAAUCAUCAGCAAUAGCUGACGAAGAGGAAAAAAUGAUAUGCGAAAUGACAUCGCGCUUUGAAGAUUUUAUCUUACAAUUUUUAGAUAGAAUAUUUACAUUCAUUGACACAAGCUCGUUAGAUUUUAUAAGACCGGAAAAUAAUCAAGGCAGCGGUAAAAGUAAAUUAGAAAUAUUGGCUGAAGAAGUAUUGGAAACUGUAUUUUCAACGUUAUUACAUAAAACGAGUGAUACGAUAUUUCUCAGUGCUUUACACAAAUUACGCGUAUUCGUUAGCGAACGUAUUUUAGAGACAAAGGUUGCUGGCGAAUUGGUAGCGGUUAUUUGUCAAGUUUUUGCUAAUAUUAAUGGUCAUGAGACAUUACGAGCAUUGGUACCAUUUUUAUCCGAAACAAUAUUAGAUGUAAUUGGUGAAAAUGAUGAUAUAUUAAAGGAAGAAAAUUUGGAUAAUCGUUUGUUAUACGCAAUGCUUUUGUUAUCCGCCAUAACUGAAACCGCUGGUAAUUAUUUAUUACCACAUAUGAAUACAUUCGUUGAAAUUCUCGACAAAGUAUUAUUAUUAGAAUCGAAAGAAGGAGUUAAUUAUGCUUGUCGAUUACUCAAAAGUUUACUUGCCUCGUUGAGCACAUUGGACAUUGAUAAAUUUAAAACACACGGAAGGGAUUUCAAUGAUCCGGAAUAUCCUUAUACCAGACAUUGGGGAGAAGAAAUUGAUAUUGAUUCUAUUCAAAUUAAUUGGUACAUUCCUGGUAAAGAUGAAUUUCAAAUGGUUCAAAAAUUAUUCUUCAGAUAUUUGCCUAAACAAUUAGAAUUAUUGCAAAAUUAUUGUCAAGAUUGGAAUUGUUUGUCCAGAGAGAAGCUCCUGGCCGUACUGAGAAUUGUAAACUGUAUUGUUAAAGGGUGCGAAGAUUUUUUACCAUUUUGGGAAGAACCACCGCUUACUUGUAUCGAAUCAUCGUUAGAAUGGGCACCGUUUAAUCCAACUUCCGGUGACAAUUAUGAAAUAGUUAUGCCCGAUGGAAGUAACGUGAAAAAAUACUUAAUUAAUAUAUUGAGUAAUCUGCAAAACGUGUUAUUAAAAAAUGUCGAAGAUGAAACGAGAUGUUUGUUAAAUUUGGUCUUAUUAUGGGAGUUCUUGUUGUUAGGCGAUAGACGUAUGCAAGAUUUUUACGAGGAUAGACAAAAAAAAAUGAAAAGAACUCAAAAUUUGUUGAAUGACAGAUUGGUGAAAAGUAAAAAACGCGUGGAACAUAUUUUAAUGGAACAAGCUUUUAUUCAUCAUGAGACGAGACUUCAAUUGAAAUCGCACAAGUUCACGGAAACGCAUAAAAAUAUAAUGUUAGAACUUGUUGCAUUGGCUACCAGCAGAUAUGCCAAUGUAAGAAACAAAGCACAAUUUGUACUUACUUCCGGUAUAUUAACAUAUCCAUUUUCGUAUACGUUCAUCGUUCCACAUUUAAUAGACGUUCUGGAAAAAGAUAGUGAAAUACAUCACGAUGCUUUCAAGGGAGUGUUGUAUAUUUUACAUCGUCCUUUAAACGAUCCUAUUAUAACACAACGUAAUUGGCAUAUGUUGCGAUCGUUAUUACCAAAAUUAAUUCUAUCAAAACCGUCAGAGAAACUUUCAGUUAUACGAUUAAAAGAACAAUUAAUUGAUACGAUGAAAAAUAAAUAUCAAAAUAUGUUUAUUGAAUUAGAAAUACCAGAUAGAUGUCUUAUAGCUGCAUCUAAAUUAUGGGAACAUUAUCCUCAUCCAAUGUUAUCUAAACCUAAUGAAAAUGAGAUAGAAAAGGGUAUAGAAAAAUUGAAAGAAACUUCACGAGCCAAUUUAGAAUCGUAUUAUGGUCUUUGUGAUGAUUUGUUAAAUGCUAUUCUUGAAACUAAUCUUCAUUGGAGACAUAGAUUAAUGUCUAUGGAAUUUAUACGAAUAUUUACUUACGAAAAAUAUCCAUUUUCGUUAAAAGCAGUGAGAUAUUUUCUAGAAGCAUUGAUUCACGAUUCUUUGGACGAAAGGAAGAUUGCUAUACGUGUUAUUGUUCAUAUACUCAGACAACAGAAAAGAAAACAUCCAAAAAUAAGUGUUCCUAUAACAGAUGUAUGUAAAAAAGAAUUGUUAUCUGAUGCUGUGAUACCAGGAGAAAGGGCAGACAAUACUUGGUUACAAUACGAUUACAAUAAUCGUCCAACCACGUCAAAACAAUGGGAUGAACAAAGAUAUAUUCAUCGUCCAAAUAUUGGUUAUUAUACGUGGCCAAAAAUAAUCGAAUUUUAUGCACCAUCAUGCGAACAACCAACGCUCGAUCCUAAAAUUCGUCAAUUUACUGAUGAAGAAAUGGAGGUCGAACGUUUCUUUGAUAAUCCUCAAAAUAUUGACAAAAUUAUCGAAUUUUAUAGUAUCGAAGAGAAAAUGGAUAAAGAUAGAUAUAAUUGUUACAAAUAUCUUUUAUUUAAAAGUAUAUUUCGUAAUCAUGGUAUUACUCCUUUGAAACAUUUCGUACCACAUUUACAUGAAUUGGUUAAGGAUAAACAAGAAAGUAAACAACGAUGUGCAACGGAAAUAAUUGCUGGUAUAAUUCAAGGAUCAAAACAUUGGCCUUUUGAAAUGGUUUGCGAUAUGUGGAAUGAAUUAUUACCGAUAAUAAGAUCGGCAUUGGAUAAUUUAACUGUUGAAACUAUUAUUGAUUGGACUACGAGUAUAUCGCUUUCUAUGCAUUGUAGAGAUCCAAAUAGACAACAUUGGUUGUUAGAAUGUUUGAUGGAAGAACCUACUUUAGGAGAAUUUGAAUCAUCGUUUAUAGAAUCUGGACGUUUGUGUGUACUACAAGGUGUUCUUAUUUUUCAACCAUGGCGUUUAACACAAUUGAUGCAACGUUUGUUAAUUCGUUUAGAGAAUAGAUUAUUGACUAAUCCAUUUAAAAAUUUGAGAGAUCGAAUAGGUGCAUUAUUAUUCGUCGUAUUUGAAGCUGAUCUUAGAUUUCCGAUAUCUUAUUCGAAUCGUGCUAUACCACAAGCGCAACAUUUCAUAGACAAAGUAAUUCCAAAAUUGCAAAUACUCGCAGAAAAUUCCGAACAAUUGUUUAACGAGAGUAAACAAUCAUUAACGACUGCUGCUGCUGUUAACAAUGAUCUCAAGUCCGAUGAUAAUUCUGUAAAUAAUAUUCAAUUGGAUAUUAACGAACGCGAGGCAACUAUUAGAUUGUUGAAAAUUAUUUGUAAAUGGGUAGCACAAUUCGUUUACAAAUCACCAAGCGGUACAUUGCCAGAAUUUUAUCAAUUGUUUCCGAUCAUUUGUCAAAUGGAAAAUUAUGAGACCGAUGACGAAUUGGUACAAAUCUGUACAAAUUCUUUAGCAUUUCUCGCACAAUCCAUCAUAUUACCAGACGACAUGCCAACAGUUUUAAAUGCAAUUGUCAAAAUGUCGACAAAUGUAUCAUGGUCCGCUAGAGAUACUUGCUUGGAAUUUUUACAAACUUCCAUUUUUUAUAACAUGAGUAUAGUACUGAUGAAAGAAGAAUGGGUUAAUUGUAUCAAAGAUGUUGUUUUACAUUUAUUAGAAGACAUUCGUUUGGAAGUUAGAGAAAAAGCUGGACAUGUUCUUGGUGGACUAUUACACUGUGGUUUUAUACCAGAUCAAAAUGCUUUAUUGGAACAAUUUAAACUUAAAGCCAAGACUAAAUUGCAUAAGAAAGGUCGUUCGAUGCACAAUCAAACAGAAGCUGAGAGAAAUGCUAAUGCUGAUGCAUUACGUUUACGACAUGCAGGUGUAUUGGGACUUUGUGCAUUUAUUCGUGCACACCCAUACGAUGUACCUAAUUAUUUACCAUUCAUUUUUGAACAUCUUGAUCCUCAUUUGAAUGAUCCUCAACCUGUACCGACAACCAUAAGAAAAGUACUAGGUGAUUUUAAUAGGACACAUUAUGAUGGAUGGAACGGUAUAAAUGGACACGCGCAGCAUUUUACAGAACGACAAUUAACCAUACUGCAAGAUUUAUUAGUACCACCGUCAUAUUACGCGUGACUGUUAAAUAAUAACUUAGUAAAUAUUUUCUCUUGAUAUUUACAUUAAAAAAAAAAAAAUUAAAAA